CGGCAAAGCUCGUGUACCGCUAUUCGUGGACCGCUUAUUUUAAACUUGUGCUAAGAAAUUGAUGUAUUGGCCGCCGAAGGUGCAUGGACGUCGAAAAUGAAAAUAGUCCUGAGUUUGAUAAUUUAUGCCGCGAGUGUGUGUGCUGACGACAAUGAAGAAAGGCGAUCCAAAUUACCAUACAUCGCUGAUGCGGCUGGCAUCUCUAUUCCACGACCUUCAAAUCUGCCAGCAACGGUUGGAAGUCCGGUGAAUUUACUUACACCUGACAGAUAUGAAUUCUACACAUUUGAUGAAUCAGGAGAGUUAGUCAAAAGAUUGAUGACAUUAGAGGAAAUACAAGCUAUUGUCGCAGCAGGAGAAGAUGCAGAUGGACUAGUUACGUUUGCUAACGAAAAUCAACCAACUAUCGCUUUUAAUUUCAGUCAACCUCCAUAUACAAAAGUAAAUAGUGUCGUAACUAAUGUACAAAAUGUCUUAAAAGCCCAAAUGGAAGCUCAUAAAAAUAAUCCUCUCAUGCAGCCUACAUUAGAUACACCAGAUGUUUCCGAUUCUUGGAGUUUAAUUUUGCCUUCAAUUUUUGGCAACACAGGAGUCGAUAUUGUACCGGACAAGACUUCUGGAACCUUUAUUACCCCUGAAACUGAAACUAUUGAAGAUGGCAAUUUAAAUGGAGACUAUUUGUAUCCUUUUAGCAAGGAAGCCAACUCAGCAUCUUUUUCAAGACCCAUUGAAACAAGCACUAAAAUAUCCCCAAAGCUUGAAACAAAAAGUCCUAAAACAACAGUUGCUCCCGUCACUCAUCUAAUGACAAAGCCAAGUACAGUUCGUUUAGAAACUAAACCAGUUACAUUUAAACCUUCGACUACAACUGUAAAGACAACCACAGAGAAACGAAAAGUUUCUACAACAACAGUCAAACCACUUGCAUCAAGUACAGCAAUUCAUAAAGAUAACAUCUCCAUCGCUUCAAGUGUACAAAAGAUUGAUACAAAAUUGGAAGUAACGACAAAACUACCAAGCACCAAGAAUGAUGUAAAAAUAAGUACUGAAAACAUUUUAAACAGUCUAUUGACUACAAGAAAUACGGUUCAAACUACAACUGAAAAAAUACAAAAAAUAUUUGUGCCAGUAUCUACGAUUCCAUACAGUAUUCAAAAAACUACUAAUGAAUCUAUAAUCCAAAGUACAAAAUCACCUAGUACAUCGAUAGUAGAUUUUAAAAAGCCGCAGGUAACACCAUUAAUUGAAUCGAGUUCUCCUAAUAAAGACGAUGAAUAUAACAAAAUAAACUCUACUACUAUAACAACACAAUCUGUAUCAUUGUCGACGGUUCCUUCUUCUACUGAAGAAAUAACUUCGGACAAAUAUUUACAGUCAUCUCCAACUGAGCAAAAAGGCGACAAUGUAGUGGAUACAGAGGAACCAACUUUACCAAUGUUUGAUUUUGCGCAAAGUAUUAGUCAAAUUGCAUCUGAUUUAGGUGGGAAUUAUGCUCCAUUGCCUACAGCAAACAAUAUUGCCGAUUCUUCAAAAGAAAAUAACAUUAACAUUAUGGAAAGCAAAGAAAAUAUUGAUAUUGACAUUUCUCAAGAACCUGAAAAGGUAAUUGAAAAGCAAGAAAAUAUGACUGAUAACUAUGUCAAAGUAACCACAUUAAAUGCAAAUCAGAGUAGUGAACAAAGUAUAAAUCAAACCAAUCAUGAACAAGACGAAUUAAAUAGCAGUGAAAAUACUACGUUUUUUCCAGAGGUGACUAAACUAGAAACUACAACUGCCACAGAUGUAAUUGAAACUACAACUUUCGAUUUAAUUUUGGCUGAUUCAAUGGAAGAUCUGUUAUCUCAAGUUGUUUAUCAAACAAAUAAUAUAGUAUCUUCCCAGGAUGAGGUAAACAAAUAUAAUAAUACUAAGUCAGAUUCAAAUACAACUCUUACGGAUACUUAUGAGAAUACAAAUAAUUCUACUGAAUCCCCAAUAGAAAUUUCCACAAGACAAUUUUUAACAGAAAAUCUAAACAAAAAUAUUGAUCAGCCCACAACUGAGGAAAAAGUGACCAUUAAAGAAAUGGAUGUGUUAACAACUGAAAGAAGUUAUAAAAACGACGAUAGACCUAACUAUUUACCUAUUUCAAGUUCGGAGAAUAAAUCCAUUCCAGAGUUUUUAAAGCUCUAUGAAGACAAUCAAAAUAAAGUUCUUUCUUCAACAUUAGCAACAAUCUCAGAAUCUAAUACUUUAAAUGAUAGUAUUGAUACGAAUAAAUACAUUGUAUCUAAAAAACAAAGUAUAGAAACAACUACUGCGCUAAACAAGAUAGAAACAACCACUUCUACAUUAAUAAAGGAUUUAAAUUCCGCUUCUAAUGAAAAUAAAGUUAAUACAGUUAUCAUUCAUAAACUCAACAAAGUUCAAAACAAAAUUUACGUUAACUUACCAAAAGCAGAUGAGUUCAAAAAGAAAAUACAAAAAAUUAACAUCGACGAUAAGGAAUUUGCCAACGAACGUAAUAAUUCAUGGAAACUUAUACCUCCCGUGCCUCCACCAAAGUCACAAAGUGAAACUAAUAAUAAAUAUAAACCAGAAGGAUUUUACACCCCAGAAAGCAACUCUAAUAAGCACAUAUCGUUAGACGUGUCGAAGGAAAAUCAAGGACUACUAGUUACCACUAAAGAUUUAGGUGAGGAUAUUAUACAAUUUGUAGAAUUAUGCAAUGAACUGGCAUUUCAAUAUUGGAAUGAUAUGACGCAAAAUAUAGACAAAAAGCGCAGUUUUGUUUUUUCACCUUAUGCUAUAACAUCUAUGCUGGCUAUGAUGUUUAUGGGAGCUCGAGGAGCCACAUCAGGUGAAAUGAACGAUAUAUUAAAACUUGAUGACAUGGUGACAUUUAACCCCCACUUCACUUUAAGGAAUGUGUCAGAUUCUAUAGAUGUUUCCCCUGCAUCCGGAGUAGCAGUGUCGGCAUUUAUAAGAGAAUUAUACAGUGACAGAAGCAAGGGUAAAAUUUUGACGUUUUACAAAGAGCGGGCUCAACAGUUUUACAAUGGACAUGUAGAGGAAAUCAACUUUAAAUUAAUAAGUGAUGUUAUUCGCCGAAGAACUAAUCUUUUAGUUAAGAGGUAUACGAUGGGCAGGAUAACGGAAUAUAUGAAGACAAAUUCCAUAGUAAUGCAACCCCCGCUAGCAGCAUUCUCGAUGAACAUUUUUGAGACUGACUGUACCGGUUCAUCAGUAGAUGGAAGAGAUGGGGAGAUGUACUUUGUUGUUUCACCGAAUGUACGACAGAGGCGAUUAGUUCCUGUUCCAGCUGUGGUUUACAGAACAAACUUCUUGGCUGGCUAUGAUCCGGUAUUAGAUGCGACUGCCGCUACCUUAGGAAAUACUAAUUCAAUCAUCAGCACUCUUUUUCUCAUGCCUGGUCAACAAGGAAACAUAGUCCACGGAGAAGAUCUAGAAACGCUCGAAAAAAGACUUUUAGCAUCCAACCCUACUACAUCAUGGAACCGACUCUUACGCACCUUACUUCCACGCGUGGGCCUAGAGCUACAAAUACCAAGGUUUUCUCACAAAUCUAUUUUCAAUGUGACAUCUUCGUUGCGAAUGAUGGGGUUAAAGGAUAUCUUUAACCAGGAACAUGCAGAUUUGGGCGGACUUAAUGGUCCAUCGAAAAAUUUGUAUCUAUCUGAUAUGGUGCAACUUUCAAAUUUCGUUACAUGUGGUGAAGGCAUUGUUUCUGAACAACAUCAUAUUGAGGAAUACCCAGAAACCCUAGAUGAGAAAGUCCAAAGACGUAGAAGUGCUAGAUGGUUGAAUUGGGACGAGCCAAGAGAUUAUCAAAGGGCUUUUCAUGAUCCGCACGAUGUUGGAGAAGCAAUGCAUCUUCCGUUGCAUUUAAGACCGAGACAGGCAAGAUUGCCAGCUCGAUCCCAGCCAGCGAGAUUGAAAUUCGAUAGACCAUUCCUAUACUUCGUGAGACAUAACCCAUCAGGCAUGAUAUUGUAUGUGGGGAGAUAUAAUCCAAGACUUAUGCCGUGAAUAAAGACUGUUACAAAGACACUUCGUAUUAAACACAUGGCAAAUCAAAUCUAUAUAUACCUCGUUUUUUAAAUACGAUCUUUUCAACGCUGACAAGUUAAUAUUAAAAUAACACUGUAAUAGUUUUGGAGAAGAAAUUGGUAUGUGCUUAGUACGAAAUGUUGCCAGCGUAUAAUUAAUGUAGUUAAUGGUGUAAUACUCGAAUUCCUUAGGGAAAGUGAUAAGCUAUUGGCGCGUGGAUUAGGUUAGUGAGCACUUAUGUGACAGUAUUAUGUCGUUUGGUAUGGAGGUACUUCGAUUAUAACUAUUUAAACAAGGCAAAAUAGGACCUUGUACAAAGCCAGUAAUUUAAAUAAAUUCGAUCUAAGCUUGCAUGCUGCUCAGAAAAUUUGUCAAGGACAAGUUUAUCGUUAGGUUUGUUUAGAGUUCGCUUAUGUCGAUGUUGUGUAAGUUUCUGCUACAACGCUUAGAUUUCCAAUCCAUCGAUAUAGCUGUCUUGGUUUGUUUCAGUUUCAAUACGGAGCCAUACCAACUAUUAGAUACAAAAAUUAUAGCAUAUGUUACUCUUAACGCUAACAUUGAUUUUUGAUUAUUGAGACUGCUUCUAAAGAAAUAGUGUAUCCUCGUACCCACAUACUAAUUUGAUUUAUAUGACUUAGCUAUCUAGAAAUAAACUCAUUGAUAUUUCGAUAUCAUUGUGUAAAAAUUAACUAAGAUAUUAAUAUUUGUCGCAAAUAUAACACUUUAAA